CAUUUAUUUUUAAUUUUACAUUUUUUCUCUUUCCUCUCGAUAUUUCUUGGGAAGAAGAAACUCAUGGGAAUUUUCAGGAAUUUUGUCAGCCAUUUUCUCUCUUUGUAAAACCACUAAAAUUAGGUGUGCAAAAAUCCAAUUUUUUCCAUUGUCUGUUUGUUGGAACAAGAACCCUAAUUUUGUAAGGAAAAGGAAGCAUUUUUGUUGAUGUUAUGCUCUGUUUUCAAAAACUCAAGAGGAAGAGUGUUUCUGUGAUGUCCAAGAGAGUAUUGGUUCGUUGACUGAGUUGGUUUUGGUUUUGGAGAUCUAGCAAAUGGAAGCUGGUUUAAUGGACGUGGUGGCACGGUACUGUUUGUGAUUCCCUCUCGAUGGCGAUGCUGUUUGUGUGGCAAAAGAAUGGCGACUCUCAGAUGUUUCUCUGCUGAUUCAAGAGUCAGAAUCAGGUCAGUGUUUGAGUCAAGUGUUUGGUGAACUCAAUGUCUAAUGCUCCUAGAAUUCAGUCCAUGAAUGUGCCUGAAGCAGAGACCAGGCCAACUCUGAGGACUGCUGCUAACAAGUCUAGUCCUUUCAUCACACACAAAGCUGUUUCAAAGUCGCUGAGAAAGCUUGAAAGAUCCUCAUCUGAGCUCACUGGAUCAGAUGAGAAACUAUCUUAUGCUUCACCAGCCGGAACCGUGUCUUCUUCUUCUUCUCACAGGCACACUCUUAAUGUGGCUUCUAUACUACGACGGCAUGAGCAGAACCUAAAUUCUAAUUUGUCACUGAAUGCAUCUUUUUCCUCUGAUGCCUCCAUGGACUCAUUCCACAGCCGAGCAUCUACUGGUCGUUUGAUUCGGUCCUACAGUGUUGGAUGUAGAAGUAAGUCUUACCCUUCGAAGCCAAGAAGUGUUGUCUCUGAAGGUGCUUUGGAUUCACCACCAAGUGGUUCAGAGACUAAGAAGAGGUGUGCUUGGGUGACUCCAAACUCUGAUCCUUGCUAUAUUGUUUUCCAUGAUGAAGAAUGGGGUGUGCCAGUUCACGAUGACAAGAGGUUGUUUGAACUCCUUGUGCUUUCGGGUGCGUUGGCCGAACACACAUGGCCUACGAUACUGAGCAAGAGGCAGGACUUCAGGGAAGUUUUUGCUGAUUUUGACCCCAAUGCCAUAGUGAAGAUCAAUGAGAAGAAGCUGACCGGUCCAGGAACCACUGCAAGCACUUUGUUGUCUGAUCUUAAGCUAAGGGCCGUCAUCGAGAAUGCGCGUCAGAUACUUAAGGUGAUAGAAGAAUACGGAUCAUUUGACAAGUAUAUAUGGAGCUUUGUGAAGAAUAAGGCGAUUGUGAGUAAGUUCAGGUACCAGCGACAAGUGCCUGCAAAAACUCCAAAAGCAGAAGUGAUAAGCAAAGAUCUAGUGAGAAGAGGAUUCCGCAGCGUGGGACCAACGGUGGUUUACUCCUUCAUGCAGGCAGCAGGGAUAACAAACGAUCAUCUCACCAGUUGUUUCAGGUUCCACCAUUGUAUAUUCGAACAAGAAAGGUAUGUCUGAAAAGAGGGACUUCCUUUGACUUGUGAAGAGGUCUCUUUUAUGUUUUGUAAAGCCUCCAAUUUGAGUUUAUUAGUAUUCAAAACAAUGAAGAAGCAAAA